CCACCCCCACCAACACCAACUCCCCCACCUCCCUCAUCCCGCGUCUCGACAGACCAAACGCUGCUGCAGCGGCAUCACCGGCAGCCUCCAAACUGCGUUUUCGCUGCCGUGAUAGAUCCGUGCGGACGCCGGUGAGCUGCUAUCAAGUGUGUGUGGGGGGGGAAAAAGGACGGACGAGCAAGGACUGCUUCGAGACUGUGUCAAACAUCUAAAAGGGAUAAAAAAAAAAAAUAAUAAAACAUUUAAGGCAAUGUUGUAGGACCGUCUUGUUUACCUUCAGACAAUCCGCCGGGUGACAGUGAUAUCACGGUCGACAUGUAAGAGCUGGAUAACUAUUCCCGUGUGAACGACACCCAUCCGCAGCUGAUAACAAUAACAUGAAAAAGGAUGAGCCCUUCAGGUCAGUAGACCCAUUCUGAUUGGAGACAUGUUCUAAAGACGUCACCUCAGCCGCCAUGAAAGGGUUAGGAGCCAACCGCAGCCGUCACCUGUCCGACUCAUGUGAACCACCAGGCUGCACCCAGAAACCUCUCUAUCCCCUGACUUCUGACCCGCACAGCUCCUUUUUGCUGAGCCCCACCAUCAACCACUAUGGCACUCUGGACCCCCAUCUCCAUCAGUGCCCUCCAACAAGCCCCACAGCCUUGACCCCUGACUGCCUGCUCCCUUUCAGCCAGAUCUCCAACAGCAGCACCUUUCCUCGGCUACACUAUACCUCACAAGCUGAGCAGGUGGACUGCUCGCAGGCAUGUAUGGCGGGUGGUGGCGGAGUGGGACAGGGCGGCAGAGCGGGCGCACUAUCCACCUCUUUGUCUAUGGGUAUGGGUUUGGGUUUAGGCCUCACUGGAGCUCCAAUGAUCACCAGCGGCUCAGCCACCAUCUCCUCUGCAGCGGCUGCCAAGAUGAACCGGCUACCCACGAACCUUCUGGAUCAGCUGGAGAGGCACCUUCCCCUGCAGCGAGAUGGUUUCAGCACCCUGCAGUUUCACAGAGGGCGCAUGUCGAAACAACGCAGUGAGAGUCCGGGACGCAUUCGCCACCUGAUGCACUCUGUUCAGAAACUAUUUGCAAAGUCGCAGUCUUUGGAAAACUCUGCAAUCAAAGGCAGCUUAAACGGGCGCUCUGUUGGGGGAUCGACAACAGGAGCAGGUGAGGAUGGAGGCAGACCGACACGCAGGAGCAAGAGUAAAGAUAGGGCUAAAACCGAGGGGCAAAAGCAGAGACCCAGGCCCAAUGCACUAGGCCUCUGGGGCUCAGACGACGCCUUGGACACUGACACCACCAAAGCUGGCACUAUUGCUGUAGGUUACCGCAACCCGCUGACCAUGAUGACGCUGGGCAGAGCGGUGUCAGACAGCCAGGCCAGACACAUCCCACAGGGCUACCACACCAUUUCUGCACAUACUCUAAAGACCUCGAAAAGCAGCAGUGACCUCAAGUUUCUGGCGUGCCAGGCCACGCAGGUAGGAUGCAAGGACGAAGAGGGACGAAGCAGACGGAGCAAGGAUGACACGCUGGUGAAAAGGGGCUCCUGGUCAACUCUUACCCUCACCCAGGCCAGGCAAGUGUUGCAGAAGGGCUCUGCUACGGUCAACAGGACGCUGCUUAAAUCAAAGUCAUGCCACCAAGAUUUGGCACAACAGUUUCUACAGGUAGGAGGGACAGUCCCGGGGGAAUGGGCAGGAACUCUGGGUCGAGGCCGGGCCAGAGGAACAGAGAUCCCCUGUCGAAGGAUGCGCAGCGGCAGCUAUGUGAAAGCUAUGGGAGACUUAGAAGACAGCGAGGACUCAGAGGGAAGCCCCAAACCUUCCCCUAAGUCUGCCGCCCGCCGCCAUAGCUACCUGAAAGCCACCCAGCACUCCCUGAGCGAGCAGCAGCCACCUCCACCUCCUCGCAAGCCCCGUUGCUACGCUCUCAUGCGGGAGGAUUAUCUGUGGUCUCCGCUGCAGAGUGCAUGCUCUAUGCAGCAUCUGAGCUCCCUGCCGUCCCUAAAAGAGCUGUCAACUAACCGGAGCCUCGAUAACUUAGACUGUCUGGUGAGCCCGCUGGAGGCCCCGCCGCGCCACAGGAACAACAAUUACAGCCAACGCUCUAGCACACUGGGCAGAGGCUCGGGCACUCAGCGUGUGAGUCUGCACACGUUCUUUCAGGUAUGCGGGCAGGGCUUCGGGCACGCGGUACCGUACUGUGAGGGGGAAUCGCAGGCAGUCGAGGCUCUGGAUCUACCAGCACCUACUUGCUUCCGGUCACGCAGCCACAGCUACCUGCGGGCCAUCCAAGCAGGCUGCUCCCAGGAUGAAGACACGGCUUCUGUGGACUCAGACUCGCCACCCCCAACCACUACAGGAUACAGCUCCAAAACACAAGUCAGCAAUAGGAGAGCUCCACCUCCAGUCCCACCCCGCACCACAUCUAAGCCCCUCAUUUCAGUGACAUUGCAGAGCAGCACAGAGUCAGCCCAAGACACAUACCUUGACCAGCAGGACCGUGGCAGCGAGGCUAACAGCCAAUCAGGACGCAGCAACUCCUCUGACAGUCUCUGUAGCAUCCGCACGGGCAGUCUGGCUAAGGGGACCCAUCCUCCACCAGUCCCGGUCCCUGUUGUGACCCACACGCCCGCUGCAGCCUCUGUACCUCCUGUUCCAGCCCCUCGUGACCUCCAUCCCAGCACCACUGUCACCACUAGCACUACUUCAACAUCUACCCAGUCCCAAAAUGACACCCUGAGCAUCGGUGUCACCCUUGAGCAGCCCCCGACUGCAACUAAGAGGAAACUGUCCUCCAUCGGAAUUCAGGUGGACUGCAUUUUGCCAGUCUUAAGAGAAGAACCACUACCCCUGACCGCACCCCUCAAAUUUCAGUCAAUCGGUGUUCAGGUGGAAAACGGCAGGCCUCUCAGCCGGGACAGCAGCAUGGCCUCCAGACAGAACACCGAGACAGAGCCUCAGGAGCCCCAGGAUGCCGCAGCCACAGAAAACAACAAAUCCAACUGCACCAACAAUAAAACAGAGAAUACCAGCGCGCCCAGCAGACAGGACAAAGCCAUGGAACAGCAGCCCCUUAAACACAUCACGGCCUCAUCAAGGAUAUCAACCUCGCCUCCAGAAACUCUGGACCCGGCUUUAGACCCCUCCUCGCUGCCACCACCAGAUCCCAGCCUGGAGACAGGAAACUGCAGCACCCCUGGAGAUGCUGUUCAGUCCAGCACGCCAGCAUGCCUCAGAGACGGGAACUGGUUCCUGAAGCUGCUGCAGGCGGAAACAGGCCGCAUGGAGGGCUGGUGUCAACAGAUGGAGAAGGAGACCAAAGACAACAAUCUGUCAGAGGAGGUGUUGGGAACGAUCCGCAGUGCAGUAGGCAGCGCUCAGCUCCUCAUAGCUCAGAAGUUUGAGCAGUUCAGAGGGCUCUGUAAUGAGAACUUGGACAUUAAUGCCAACCCACGGCCAACGGCACAGGACCUGGCAGGGUUCUGGGAUCUGCUGCAGCUCUCGAUAGAAGACAUCAGCAUGAAGUUUGAUGAGCUGUACCAGCUGAAAGCCAACAACUGGCAGCUUCCUGAGAAACCAGAGAAGAAGGAUGAAAACAAGCAGCUUCCAUCAUCUGUGCCAAAGAAGCCGUCUAAGCCCAAGCCCAAGCUGUCAGCGGGUAAGGACAGGAGCGUGGACUCGGCUGUGGACAAGCAGCGGCAAGAAGCCAGGAAACGGCUGAUGGCGGCAAAGCGCGCGGCAUCAGUACGACAGAACUCCGCCACGGAAAGCGCCGACAGCAUCGAAAUCUACGUCCCCGAGGCCCAGACCCGCCUCUGAGAGCGAACCAGCACCGGUCAUCGAGCAGAAUCCUGACUCACUUCAGACAUUCAUUGACACAAACACAAACAAAUCUGAGACAAAAAACACACAGAUGUAUUACGGAUGCACAGAGGCCUGAUCCCUCAUGACAAGAGGCGAUCACAGGGCACAGAAGAACAAUCCAGAAUAAUGCAGAUCAUCACCCUGCUGCCAUGGGACUGAAAUUAUCUUGACAGAUGUUUAAUACUAUUGUUAUUGUUAUUGACAUUAUAAUAAUUAUUAUCUCCUAAAGUAUAUCAGGACUGUCUUAAAUGUGCAAGUAUCUUGGAAUAAGGACACCCUGUACCUUGUGAGCUGACGAAAUCUUGGUAUCCCAGAAGUUUACUCUCUUAAAAAAACUCCCUUCACUGCUGAGUCUACCGGCAAGUCGUGGCUGCCUGGUUUACGAGCUAAGCUACCAUCCACACACACACUCAGGACACACACAUGCAGGUGUACUCACUGUCCACAGAGUCUUCCUGUUCUCUAUUUGUAUUAGGCUGCCACUCGUCGGGUGUGGUGUGUACGCUUUACAGUGUAAGAGUUCUAAGGUGAUGUUAAUGUACUCAGAGGUUUUAAAAAUGCAGAGAACCAGAGGAAGGCAGUAGCAUAUAUAUUCUAAAAUAUCACACUAUUACAAUGUUCAUUUUGUAAAUGUUGUAUACCAGAUUAUUUGUUAGAAAGAGGUCAGUGUUCAGUACCAAGGUAGUUUUUUAUAGAUCCAGUACAUGUACUGUCAUGUUAUAUUAGCACUUGAUGCAAUCAUUCACGCCGCCUCUCUCUUCUUCUUCUUCUCUUAUCUCACAAACGCACACUACACAGUCUGUGUUUGUGAAUAUUUCCCAUUGUUUAAAGUCUUACACUUGUUUGUUUUUUUUUGUGAAGGGAUGCGAGAUAAUGACUGCCCAGCCAGUGAGCUACAGAGGAAUGUAUGAAAUGUUACACAUUAACACAGCUCAUGUCGACUUGAUCACUGCACUUUUCCACUCACCUCAGAUCAAGUCUGCCCACCCUUUUUGUUUGCCUGAUCAUUCUGACUUUCACUGCAUCCUCAGUGUGAUGUAGGGGACCAAGACAUUCACCACUUGACACGGCAUUCCCAUUCAACCCCGACUAUGUGUGCUAGGGACGGGUGGGGGUUUGCUUGCUUCUGGAAAGGAAAUGGCAUAGCAUAGCAAUAAUAAAGGCGUUUUAGUGCAAGCAAUCCGGUAGGUACCCAGUCUUAAAUGAUGAAAUUCAACAUUUCCAAUAAGGAUGAAUGUUUUCUUUUAUGGACUGACAAAAAAUCUCAGGUUGAACACUCAAAACUAAACCGCAAAAAACAACAAUGUAGGGAUUAUUUAUUAUAUAACGACAAAUAAAUUGGCCAAAUGGUAAGAGACAUUGCAAGAUAUUUCAAUUCCAGACCUACUCAAUGUUCUAAAAUAAGACAAACUCUUGGCAAGGUUAGGUGCUGUGAAGGCCAGGCUUAAUAUGACUGCUAAAAUCAGCUGUUUUCUUCACUCCCCCUUCUAGCAGCUUGAACUCCCACCUCUGUGUGUUGAGGAUGAAUAACUGUGGUACAUAUUUUAAUUUAAAUUUCUAAUGUCUUUCAUCCGAAAUGAGGUCGGCCUAACACGUCUCGGCUUCUGUAAUUAUAAGAAUUAAUGGUGCUGGGAUUUCGUAUUGUGCCAAGAUGGCAAUUUUCAUCCACAUUUCAGUGUCAUUUGAUACAAGCUUUAUUUAAAGUGAAUUUGUAUUUAAGUUUUGUGUGCAUUCUCAGCAUUGUUUGUUUAGGCAUCAGCUCACUCCAGAUACAUUAUGCCCCGUCUCCAUCUAAACUCAUGACCCACUGAUGAUUGGACUGGUGCUUCUCAAACGGAAACACAAGCCAUUUUACCAUGGGUACAUGAGCCACACUGGGCAUAGCUGAUAAUCAUGCACAAAUUUAGGUUCACUCAUGUGUUUUGUUUCUUUAUAAGAGCUGGCUCUCCCCCUACUGGUCAGUCCUUGCGUGACACUCCAGGCAUCUUUUUCUGUUCCAUUCUGAAUCUUUGGUUGACGUCAAACAAGAAAUGAAGUUGAACUGGGAAUGCUGACACAACACAAAGUUGUUGAUUUUCUUAUUCUCUCUUAUUUGUAUUACAUCAACAAUGGACAUGUGCAUUUCAUUGUCCAAAGAAAUCAUUAAACAUCCCUUUGCUACA